AAUCUCGAAUGCUUGCCGCAAUGUCUGAAAACGAGCAUGAGUCGGAUAUUAUCUCGCUAAGAGUAAAACUAGUAGAUAUGGAAGCCGUUGUACAUAAUCAAGACGAAAUUAUUUCCCGACUUAGCGAAGAAAAUCUAUCCUUUAGGUCAAAGUUAUUGAACCUUGAAAAACUAGUGCAUUUCAUGUCCCAAGAGUAUCGGAACAAAAGCA